CAUCACGACGAGGCCGCUGAUCACUUCACUGCCGCUGUUAACUUAGACGCUUUCUCAUCGAAAUAUAUUCAUUUCGCAUACCAAGACUUGACCGUGCUCUUCGGCUGGGAUCUCGAGUCCUUGCUGCUCACUACACACCAGAAACGGUGUCAGGCUUUCCUUUCGGCAGGUAAACCCGAUGAAGCCCUCAACGCCCACAAAUACAUGAUGGACUCUAUUGAUGAGACUGCAAUGGCUAGCUGUCUCGAUUGGUCCAACGUUCGAGGAGAAAUGCAGCACGCUCGCUGCGGACAACGACCGUAUUCUUGGUGCAGAGAUCCCCGGGCAAGAUCACGAUGACUAUGAUGCAGAACGCAAUUUCUAUGAAAUGCAUCAAAUUUCCCGGCCAAGACUUCAACAGCGAGCUGGGCGCCUUGGGCGCCUCAAAAGACUGAGGCUCGCUAUGACAGGGAAGCCUCAGUCAGCUCCUGCACCUGCACCUGCACCACCCACCACCUCGCCACCAGUCACCCCCACCCCCACCUUCAAAACUCGCCUACGACGCCUAGCUACCCUGCCACUCCAUCAUGCAACGCCACCUGUUGUCGACGUUCCUUUUGCCCAAGGUCGACAGCGUAAUGCUGCAGCGGGUGCUCCUGGGAGUGAGCACUCCUUGAUACGUGAUGAAGAUGUUCUUCCACAGGAUCCCAAUACGCAACAGCAACAUCAACCAGUAGCAGGUCAGGUAGACACCGGCCAACAUGGAGGCGGCCUGUCCUGUUGCUGCGGCUAGCUGCUAGAAGCAUUGGUGAAUGUCCAUAGCGGCAUACGAACGCGCUGCUUCUUUGAUCGUUUCUCCGCAGCCUGACGUCGUGACUCGCGUAUGCAUGUUGUUCAAAGGUACCUGUAAGGAGCACCUAGCAAAUUGGCCUUAUGCACAAAUGCAAGCAGAGAACGACGUUGCUUGGUGGGUGGACGUAGUUGGAGUUGAUCCUACAAGAGCUGGUGAUGUGACUUUGUUCAGGAUGGGGCGGGGUGGAGGUUCUCAUUUGAUAUUUUAUCGGAUCACUACCU